AUGGAGACCGGCUCCAGUCAUGGCUUGUGUAAGCUCUACUUCCUGGACGCCGUGUGGCUCUCCGAGUUUAUCUGUUGCCGCACCUUUGCCCCCAAACCUGCCCUGGACAUCGGCUUUCGGCAGCAGAGCAACAACUCCAUCCAGCUGCAUUUCAAGAUGAGCUUUGUUCCUGCGGGAUUCUGGGAGCGCUUUAUAGCCAGGAUGCUAAUCAGUUUGAAGCAGAUGGACGUGCAGGCAUUGGAGACCAAGAGGGUCACGAAGAGCCCGAGGAACCACAGUACGGUGAUCAGUCAGACCAUCUACUGGAGAGAAGGGCUGCUAGUCACCUUCGACGGCGGAUAUCUGAGGUUAGCAAGGGUUUGUUUCUGGCUUUCAGAUUAAGAUUCAACAUUUCUCUCAUUUAAUUCAUCCGCUGUUGUUAGUUUCAACUAAAAACAUGCUUUUGUUCUUUGAAAUUAAAUUAUUAUUAUAAAAUAAAUGUUACUAAAUAAACAAUAAAAAGUAAAAAAAGAAAAAAGUGAGAAUGUAUUUUCUGAGAAAAUGCAUAAAUGUCA